AUGACAUCUAUCGAAGCUCUGCUUGGUCGAGUGGAUAUGACGCAGGCUCGCUUAUUACUCGUACGAACUGAUCUUGGAGAUGUGAUUUGCACCCUUACUCUUCUUGGAUUCGCUCAGGCUGAAGGUCGUAUUGUAGAAGUCGAAGACCCAACUCAAGAUGGAGUGGUUUUCAUUUAUAAAACUCAAGAGUAUGCAAAUAUCGAUAAAGUAUUGACAACCAUGCUGAAUGGAGAAUAUCUACGUGUAGUCAAUGAGUCAAACUGUGAUGCAUCUCCCUUCAGUGUGGUUGCCAGCAUUAAUGACAAUAAUGUUAUUCUUGCAUUUGCCGCUGCUGCCUGCAAUCCACCGCAUAUACCUACUGAUUCAGCUGCUGAUCAGCCCGACCAGACUGCAGCGUGGGAUGUCUGGCUUAAAUCCAGAUACGACAACUUACAGGACAACACCAUCGAAAAUACAAAAUUCAUCUCGUACUUUGUCGCUACUUCAACUCAUGCCCACCAAUUCUUGCAUCUCUUCACAUCCGCUGCUUUCAAACACAUCCCUGCACUGUCCUACUUGGCACUCAUGGUUCCAGAGUCAAUCACACUCUUUGCUCCCCUCUACUAUCCUGUAUACAAACCCGACAAACUCACUCAAAACAUGGUGAUUUGUGAUCCAAGCAUGCAAGGAGAUCCAGAUGACUCCCAGCACAACUACUUUGUAAAAAUCACGAGCAAGCUCGCCAAGAAUACCGGCUUGUACAUGUGUACACGAGAAAACCUGCUACCGAAAUUCGUGGUUAGGAAGGCAUUACUUGAAGACUGGGAUGAUUUGCUCCCUAUUCUCGUAAACCAGCAUGUUAUUCAAUCAAAGGACGAACAAUAUACAUUGUCUGAUAUACUGAAUCCAAAGACUAACAGUGAUGCCGCAUUGGUCGCUGAGGUGGCCGGAAAGUCUGUCGGGUUCAUGAAGUGUAGUAGAGACGUAGACUCACAAUUCCUGCUCAAAAACUUUGAUUUGGAAGGGAUGCUCAGAGAAAAAUUAUCGAAUAAAAGCAAGAUCUUCUGUAUUUCCAUAUUCGCUCUAUCGGAUAACGCAGAUCAAUAUAGUCUAGAGAUACUGAAGCAUGCCUUCGUCACAUACGCAGAUUGUGAAUAUGCAGUAAUACUAGUCCCACCAAAAGCAAACAGUUUCCAAUUAUUGAAUUUCUUUGAAAGAAUUCCCACCAAACCUCAAAGUGAUGCAGAUUAUUGUCUCUUCGUGGCUAGCCGAAUGGGAAUCGUAUCGAAAAUCACCGUUCGGACUGCCAGUGGCGACGAAGAUGUGACAAUCGCCCGCAAAUUCCUAACCAAAGCUUUCAAACCAUCACUUGCACGAAACCCUUCCUCUCGAUCCAUUCUCGAUGACACAACAGACAGCAGCCCCAUCAACAAUACAACAACCUGCAUGAUUGCUGAGCUGGAUUCGACAAUCAUUGCCGUGGCCACGCUUGAAUCGAGUAGUAAUGCUAGGCCGAUAGUGGACCAAUUCCACCUGGAUGCCUUUUGUGAUGUCGCCAUUCAGAAAACAAUGCUAGAAUCUAAACCUGUUGUUCUGAAAGAAUUUAUAGUUCAGGAAGGGUAUAGGACUAGAGCUAGAUGGAUAUUUGAGGAAGUCAUGAGACUGAAUGGCACUUCGGUCAUUUUACACUUUCAGGAUGUCGAGAAUUUUGAUGACUCUAAACGGAUAUUGAAGGAGGAGUUUGUACCCGUCCCUAGAAGGAGACAGAUCGUGUUUCCUCGGAAUCUUCGUGACGGCAAGGCAGUCCCACCGCCGAUCCGGGAGAAUUUGCAAAUUCUUACAAUGCCACUGAUUUAUGAGCCACAGGUGAUGGUCAACCGUCGCAUCGUCAUCAUGGGAAGUUCCGAUAUCUCGCUGGCCUUGAUUGAUAAAUUGGUCUACAAUGGAUACCUGACUUGUACGCAAGUAUACUUAAUAUCACCUGACGGGAUCAACAUUAAGGGUCCUCAAGAUGGCCUAGUUAGCCAUAGAUGUUAUUCUCAUCUCUGGUUGGAAGAAUCAGGUCUCUCGCAAUAUACAACGAUAAUCAAAGACCAUGCUACAUCCAUUGAUCGUGUGUCGAAGCGAGUCAACCUGAGUGGUGGCACGUCGGUUGGAUAUGAUUAUCUCGUCAUUGCUCAGGACUCGCAGUUUACCCUGCCUGCGAAAUUGUCAUCCUCGAAUGUAUAUACGAUGAACCCUAGUCAGUUGGACGCAGCGUGGGAGGCUGUUGAGGACUUUAGGAAGAGAACUGCCACUGAAGGUGGAGACAACCAAAAAGUGUUUGUUUAUGGACGUGAUAUACAAGCAUUUGCCACUAUAGAAGGCCUUUUAAGACGCGGCAUUCAAGGAAAAUCGAUUGUGCUCGGUACCCCGACAUCAUCACUAAGUUGUUUCCCUGACAAGAGAGUUUUCGAAGUCAUUUUGGCGUCCUUACAUGCUCAAGGUGUUGUUUAUGUUGAAGAUGCAACUUUUAUGGAAUUUGUCAAGGACUUCGUGACUUUGGAUGUCAAAGGGUCUCCAAAGACCGUCGAAGGAGUAUCUCUAGUCCUUGUAGCAGAUACCAAAACACUCGAUUCGGAUACCUUUAAAUGCUUACAUUCGAGUAGUCUCGUGGUUGAUGGCCUUUUGACCAUCGAUGAACAUUUCAGAACAGACGAUAUAUUCAUAUUCUCUGCUGGAAACAUUACUCGUCCUAAAUCGAGUUAUAAAACCCGAUGGUCACACUCGCCGUUUGAUUUACAUGAAGUUGGGUCUCGAUUGGGCGAUUUACUACUUCAUCUAGUGAACCCCCACUACUUCCAUGACGUAACUCCGUCGACAAGGAUGGAAUUUAAAGAUGCUAAACGGGUAGAGGCAUAUUUGCCUGGUGGGUUGCAUUAUCUGCAUUUCGCUAAACCUGCUCUUGCUGGAUCUGAACCGACACCUGGCAGAGAUUUGAUUAUUGAUAAGCCAGAGCUGGGAUUCUUCAAGAUUCGAAUAGAUACUCAACAUUUCAUAGAGGCGGUCACUUAUCUGGGUCAUCGAGAGGUCCCUGUAGAUAAUUAUUUGUGCUUGUAUCAAUUGGAUGAAAAGUAUUUGAACCACUUGGUGUCUAGAUUUGAUGAGGGAAUCGUAGAGGACUUUGUUGGGUAUCCUAGUUUUUUGAGUCAAGCAUGGGCUCUGCCUAUAUACCAUGACAAGUUUGCUGACUACGUUGCCAAGACACGAGAUUUGGUUGUUUCGUCCAAUAAUGAUGCUUUUAAAGGAAUUAUGAGCAAGCUAGAGGCGUCUCUUCACUUGAAGUCGAGUCUCAAUCAAAAUGAAUUAUAUGAAUCGCUAGUCAAAUCUGGUGGUGCCUCUGCAUGGGACGAACGUAUUUACGAUUUCUUAUUGUCGUGUGAAAUAUUCGAGUCUUUUCCAUAA